CUGUGUCAUUGGUUUUUCAUGUUGGCCGGAAAUUUUUUCAUAUAAAGCCACAUCUGGCAAUGUUCUUUGUAUACGUAGAAUGCUUAGUAUUUGGCCAGUCACUCAUCGCGCCAUUGUUGAUAUUGUGUCACUUUUUUUUGAAUCGUUGAAAUGAUUUUCUCGUAAUCGAAGUUACAAUAAAUGUUAUUGUCUUAUCAUUACUGUAUAGUAAGUUGCUAAGUGUUUAAUUUGCCAUAAAUUUUGUUUUCCUGUAUCCGAUGGAAAAUUGGAAAGAAUUGGAAGAUGACGAUGGGAGAUCAUUUGUUCAAUAUAUAAGCGAAAACAAUGAUGGACAAAUCGUUUGUAUGGCAUGUGCAAAGCCCAUCGCGAACAAAGACGAUUCCGGUGGAAUAGAAAAAAUUUAUUCUCACACGAGAUCCAUCGAACAUGGAUUUAAAUUGUUUGUGAUGCUAAAUUUAAGUGUGGAAGUCGUGGAUCUUUGUGACGAUCGAGUGGAUCGGCCAUCUAAGCCAAAAGAAAAAUCUCUUCAAAUAACCCGUAACGCUACCGAUAGCACGUUGAUUGUGUCCGGUCUGGACGUGAUUAAGUAUGUCAUUCCAAUUGUCGAUUUGCCUUACUUGAAAACCAAGAUUUACGAUCGUGAUCCCAUACGAAAAACCGUGAUGUCGUUGGACAAUUACGUAACGAAAUCAAAUUCUUCAUCCAAAAGAAAGUCAUCUGAAGAAGAAGCAGACAAUCAGGUGACUCCGAAGAAACGUAAGACCUCUCAAUUGACAUUAGAACGGUGGUGUGUGCAAAAUAAAGAAAAUCAACAAGUCAAUUCGUCUGUAAUCGAAUCGCCACAAAAAAUACAGUCAGUCACUCAAACAACGUUUCCGUCUUCUGAGGGUCUAACACGAAUCAGUGAUGUCCGACCAGCAAAACGCGGUAUCAGUCAAAUAAUAAGAGCGCGAGUCACAUUAAAGAGCGACAUACAUCCGUUUUUUAACUUUCUGGGGCCAACGACAAUGUUCACGAUGGACAUCGUAGACGAAUCAGGUGAAAUGAGAGCAUCGGCAUUCGGCGCAAGUGUGGAUAAGUUAUACGAUUUGGUUGAGGUCGAUCGAAUCUAUUACAUCAGUAAAUUCAAAGUGAAACUAUCUGAUCCGACUAAAACUCCGCACAUUUCGGAGUACAAUAUUACGUGCAAUGAGGAAACAAUCAUACGGCCGUGCAUUCUUGGACCAUUUCAAAUUCCCCGGCUCAAAUUCAACUUUCAACCGAUUUCGAACGUGGAACAUAUGACCAAAGAUGAUAUAAUUGACGUCAUCGCAAUAUGUGAAAGCUUCACGGAAGUCGAGAACAAACGUUUGGCCAACGGGGUACAGGGUAGGUGCAGAGGCAUUUGGCUGGUGGAUCAAUCAGCGACAAAGAUCAUGCUGUACAUUUGGGGAUCAAACGCAGAUAAUUUCGAAGCAAAUCGUCCCGGUGACGUUAUUGCCGUAAAACGGGCUAAAGUAAAAACUUUCGCCAAGUUGAAUUUGGAUUCGUCAUGCUUAUCUUCGUCUACGUUUCAGAUCAACCCCAAAUUGCCAGAGGCAGAUGCAUUAAGAACUUGGUAUUCGCGAAAGGAGAAUGUGGCAAUGAAGGUUUUGUCCGGUAUACCACGUGCAAAGAAAAUCAAUGCAUCAAAAUGAGUACGCUAAAUGUCGAAUUCAUUGCACUUUGCAAUGUAUAUUGUACAUCGACGUGCGUAUUCAAAUUUGAGACAAAAAAUGGAAACAAAGAAA